AUGGCUGAUGAGUUCAACGGCCUCAUUGGCUUUUCAGAGUCUUCUCACAGAGCGAGGCGGCAGGGGAGGGCUGUCAGAGGGUUCUGCCUGCACCCCGGGCUGCCCGAGGACCUGGUCGGCACGCAUCCCCCCGGGGCACACAGCCUGGUCGCCGUGUCCGUAGGUUAUUUCCUUGAAGACUUUGUGGACAUGUUGUGCAAUCAGAAACUUCAGCAGUCCUGGGAGCUGCUUUUCCAUCACUCCGUGGUGAUCGUCUGCUUUGGUAUUGCAGUGGUACUCCAUCAGUACGUUGGGUUUGCCCUCAUUGCCUUGCUGGUGGAGAUUAACUCCAUCUUCCUCCACCUGCGGCAGAUUCUGCUCAUGGCCAACCUGGUGCACACCACCUGCUACCGCCUCAACAGCAUCGUCAACCUGGGCACCUAUGUGGUGUUUCGCAUUGCCACGCUGGCCUGGAUGACACGGUGGCUCUUUCUCAACCGGGAGAACGUGCCCCUGGCAACGUACACUGUGGGCACGGUGGGCAUGGCAAUCAUGACGCCCAUGAACAUCAUCCUCUUCUACCGCCUGCUGCGUAGUGACUUCUUCAAGUCCAGCAAGGAGGUGCAGCAGGACAAGGAGAAAUAGCCCCUUUCUCUGCAGGGUCCAGGGGAUGAGCAGCCCUGAGGCCUAUGGAAGAGGACAGCGAGGAAGAAGAGCAGUGGAGAAUGAGCAUGGAUAUUUCAGUAUCUUGCUUGGAGGAUCCACACUAACCAGAGCACCUGGGCUGCUCCAGUGGCUGCAGAUCCCAGGCCCCGCGCUGUGGAAAAGGCACUUCCAGACCAGGCGCUUGGGGCCCUGCUUCCCCUGCACCUUUGAUGACGUGGUUGGAUGCCUGGGAGCUGCUCAAAGAAGCCUCGACAGGUCUCGCAGCUCCGUAAGGCCACUGCUGAGAUGAAAAGGGAGCGAGGAGAAGACCAUUGUCUCCCUGCUGCUCUUCCAGACAGCCGAAAGCUGCUGUGUGUCUCUGACCCCUUCGGUGCUACACCCUGCAGCAUCCCACAGGCUGGGCACCAGCACUGCCCAAGGGCCAGCCCAGCAUCACAGGGACCUUGCUGCCAGCCCUGUGCUCUCCAUGGCACAUCCCACCAGGCAGGAGAGGCGCCAAAGCUUCACCCUCGAGGCCAAGUCCAGCAAAAGCCAAAUCCUGCACGCAAGUCCUCCCUGAGGAGAUAGUCCCAGGUGGGUGAUGGAGGGAGAGGCUGAGGCCAGCCUGCAGCAGGUGCAGCCUGGGCACCAGAGCCCUGGGCAGUGGGUGCUGUGUCCAUGCGCUCGGGGAUGGGCUGCUGACUCCUCUUGGCACCUGGACAUAUUUUCAGUGUUGCUUCAUUCCCAGGUGCAACAAGUCCCCCUGCACAAGCAUGGGAAGGAGCAAACUGCUGGCCAGGAUGGGGCUACGUGGUGAUCACUUCCCACGGAGGAGGGGUCGUCAGAUGGGCCAGAUUUGGGCAUCUUUUAGGAAUGAAGAGUCCUGCUGCAGAGCCUCCGUAACACUCCUGUGCGGCAGCAAGCGCUCAUACUAACACAAGCUUUUAAUAAACAGUUGCAAAUGAAAUAGCUUGAGGGGAAGGGGCUCAGAGCUGGGCAGGUCCUCACGUUGCCUUUUUCCUCCUGCUUCCCCUGCGCUGCGCUGUUUGCAGUGGCCCAACACCUUGCAGAAAAGCAAAGUCAUCCCACUCAGAGUUACGUGUGCCCAUUUGGAGAAAUCCGCUGGGUCUGUCUGUCACACUCUCUUUGGGGCAGAUCACCCUGAAUGUGCGAUUUCUCCAUUGGUUUGAAACAGCAGGGAGACAGUCUGCAGCUACCGGCAAUGCACUGCUGGGGGUGGGUGGCUUCUGCCUCGAGGAGGAAAAUAAGGGCUCAGACACAUUUCUGUCCAGAAGGAGAAAGACAAGCGACACGUGUGGGUAGUGGGAUGCUGGAAACGACUCGUGGCCAAAGCUGCUUAUGUUUCUAUUUGUGGACAGUGCAAGGAAGCUUGCAGGUGCAGGGUUUGGGUUUGUCACCUCGGGGCCCACGGCGGUUAUCAAGUGCCCGUGUGCCUCACGCACCUCCCAGGCAGGGCUGAGCCGGCAGCCAGCGCUCUCUUUUGGAUUUGGCCCAUUUCUGCGCAGUUUUUCAGGAGCUGCCCUUUUCGCAGCGCAGCUGCUCGGCCUCUGCACCCGUCC